AUGAAAAGUUCGGUUGUCUCCGAUUCAGACCCACGCGCUGUUGCUCUCGGUGAUGUAAACAAUGAUCAUCUUUUGGAUAUUGUUGCCGCAAAUUCGGACACUGAUACUAUUGGAGUAUUUCUUUCACUUUCAAAUAGCAAUUUUACAGAUCAACAAGCAUAUCCUACUGGACACGGUUCUCAUCCAACUUCACUGGUGCUUACUGAUUUCAAUAAUGAUACUUACUUAGAUGUUGCUGUGGCUAAUUAUGGUACAAAUAAUAUUGGAAUCUUUUUGGGCAAUAAAACAGGAGGAUAUGCUCAGCAGAAAAAUUAUGCGCUGAAUGCUUCUCGUCCUGUUUUUAUUGUUGCCGGUGAUUUCAAUCAUGAUAACCUAGUGGAUAUCAUCGUUGCUAGUAAUGGUACUUAUUGUAUUGAUAUCUUUCUUGGAAAUGGUGAUGGAACUUUACGAUAUUAUCGAGCCUAUUCUACUGGCUAUGAUUCUUCUCCCGUUGCCAUGGUGGUUGGUGAUUUCAAUCAAGAUAAUAGUUUAGAUAUUGCAGUGGCUAAUUCUGGUACUGACAACGUUGGCAUUUUUCUCGGCAUUGGUGAUGGUACAUUUACAAAACAAUAUACUUAUUCAACUAGUUUGAAUUCGAAUCCAUCUUCUAUUAUUACUGGAGACUUAGAUAACGAUAAUCAUCUCGAUCUUCUAGUGACGAAUUCUGGUACUGGUAGUAUCGGUAUAUUCUUGGGCAAUGGCAAUGGUACAUUUUCACAGCAGACUACGUUCUCUAUAAAUUCAGAAUUUCGUCCAACUUAUAUUCAGUUUGGUAAUUUCGAUCAAGAUACUCAAAUAGAUGUUGUUGUUGUUGAUCCAAUUAAUGAUGAAAUAUAUAUAUUUCUACGAUAUGCUAAUAAAACAUUUGCUACAACAACUAUUUUUGAUGGAACUUUUCAAUCUUUUCCAUGUUUCGUCGCUGUGGCAGAUUUCAACGAAGAUAAUCAGUCAGAUAUUGUUAUUGUGAAUUAUGAGACUGAUGAAAUACUUCUACUAAGUAAUUAUUUCAUAUUACCAUCAGUAAGACAAACCAAUUAUUUGGUUGAACAGGGAUCUGCACCGUCAUCAGUCAUUGUAUAUGACUUUAACAAUGACUCUCAACCAGAUUUAGUCACUAAUAACGCUGCUGGUGACAGUUUACUUAUUUUAUUUGGUAAUGACAAUGGAACUUAUGAUGUAAAACUAUCAUAUUCGACUGGUAUUGGAUCUUUUCCGGAACGUUUAUGUAUUGGUGACUUGAAUAACGAUAAACGAAUGGAUAUUGUCAUUGCUAACUAUGGUUCUGAUAGCAUUGGUAUUCUUAUUGGAGAAAACAAUGGAACUUUUUCCAAUGUAAUAACUGUUGCGAUGGCUCCUGGAUCUAAGCCAGUGCCAGUGUCAGUAGGGGAUUUCAACAAUGAUACACAACUAGAUAUUGUUGUCGGUAACACGGGAUUAGGAGGCUUCACCAUUUUACAUGGACACGGCGAUGGAAAUUUUACGAUCGGGAUGACAUAUGCCGUUCAAACAGUCAAGCAGCCCUUAUCGAUUGUAGUUGAGGAUAUCAAUAAAGAUAAAUAUUUGGAUCUCGUCAUUGUAGGCUGUACCUUUGGCAAUAUAGGUGUUUUCUUUGGAUAUGGAAAUGAAAACUUUUCUGAAGGAACAUUUUAUCUUGUUGGCAGCUUGGCUUGCCCUACUUGUAUUGUCCUUUCCGAUUUAAAUAAUGAUACUCAUUUGGACUUUAUAAUAACUGUUUUCCACGGAGGUUACAUAGGUGUCAUGUUCGGAUAUGGAAAUGGAACUUUUCAAAAGCUGAUAACAUAUCCAAUAGAUUCAACUACGUCGCUUUAUUCGAUUGCUCUUGCUGAUUUAAACAAGGAUGAUCAACUUGAUGUUAUUGUGGCUGAUACUGCAAAUGAAGUAGUAGUGAUCCUCUAUGCAUACACCAACGGCAGUUUACAACUUGAAAGAAGGCAUUCUACUGGCUUUCGUUCGAAUCCAUAUGCAGUGACAACUGUUCAGAGGAAGAACAAAACAGAAAUAGAUAUUGUUGUUACUCUGUUGGGAACUGGAUAUGUUGCCGUUUUAACUGAGUAUGAUGCAGCAGAAUUUCAAAAUGAGACAAGAUGUCUCACUGGUGAAUCUUCACAAUCAUAUUCCGUCACUGUAGGUGAUUUUAAUGGUGAUAGACACCUAGACAUAGCUGUUGUGAACUCGGGAACUGAUGACUUAAUUAUAGUUUUUAACUCGGGUAACGGUACAUUUGAAAGACAAAUACAGUAUUUUAUCGGUUUUAAUGCUUUCCCAGCAUAUGUUACCACUGAACACCUGAAUAGAGAUAAUUAUCUAGAUAUAGUAACUGUCAACUGGAAAUAUAACAGUAUUAGUGUGCUGAUGGGACAAAACAAUGGAAUAUUUUCUAUCCCAAAGAUGUAUUCAACUGGCCUAGGUUCAUAUCCUAUGGUAGCAGCCAUCGGAGACAUAAAUAAUGACAACCGAUCGGAUAUCAUUAUUGCUAAUUCAGGUGUAGAUAGUAUCGGCAUUCUUUUUGGAUAUGAUUACGCAACAUUUGAAAGUUAUCAGAACUGUUCCGAUAAUAAUACUCUACGACCAGAAGGCAUCAUCACCGCAGACUUCAAUAAUGAUGGAUAUCUGGAUAUUGCUGUAACUCUUUUUCAAUCAAACAGUAUAAGUAUUCUACUUGGAUAUGGUAAUGGAAGUUUUGAGCUUAUGAAGACUAUCUCGACUGGACUGAACUCACAGCCUUACACGCUCACUGCUUAUGAUUUCAACAAAGAUGGAUCAUUGGAUAUUGCCGUUGUUAAUUCUGGUACCCAAGAGAUACUUAUCCUUCGUGGAUAUGGUAAUGGAACUUUCUUAAACGCUACAAGAUAUCCAACAGAAAAUGUUUCUAGUCUGACUUCGAUCAUCUCAGCUGAUAUAAAUAAUGAUAAUCACGUAGAUAUGAUCGUCUCGAACUACUACAUGGAUUCCAUAGACAUUCUAUUUGGACGUGGUAAUUUCACUUUUGAUUCUAUAGCUACUUAUUCUAUUGGAAGUCCAGCAGCGCCACAAUCUGUUGCCGUUGCUGAUUUUGAUAACGACAGUCAACUGGAUAUUGUCGUAGCUAAUCAUGGUGCUAAUACUGUCACUGUAUUUUUAGGUUAUGUAAAAGGUAAUUUUACAAGUCAAAUCUCUUAUUCAACGGGUGUGCAGUCAUGGCCAUCUUGUGUUAUAGUUGGAGAUUUUAAUAGAGACAAUCAACUCGAUAUCGCUAUAAGUAAUUUCAAUAUAAAUAAUGUUGGUAUUUUACUUGGAUACGGGAAUGGUUCCUUUUCCAAUGUCACGACCUAUUCUACUGGUGAUGGUUCUGCUCCGCACUUUAUUGGUGCUGGUGAUUUUAAUAACGAUAGCAUUUUAGAUAUUGCUGUUGUCAAUAAUGGUAAUAAUGGUUUCGUUGUUCUUUUUGGAUUUGGUGAUGGAAGUUUUCUAUGCGGAAACUUUUAUGGAACUGGUCAAGCAUCAGCUCCAUGGGCAUUAGCUAUUGGCGAUUUUAAUGAAGAUAAUCGGUUGGAUAUUGCAGUCACUAAUAGUGCGUUAAAUAGUAUAAGUAUAUUUCUUCAAAAUGGAAAGGACAUCUAUGCUGGUAUGCAAUCAUAUAGUACGGGUUCGAAAUCACAACCUUAUGCAGUCGCUGUUGCUGAUCUAAAUAGUGAUGGCCUAUUAGAUAUUGUUGUCGCUAAUUAUGGCACUGAUAAUAUCGGUAUUUUUCUUGGACGUCGUGGUCGAGUUUUUAGUACUUUAGCGACAUAUUCUACGGGUACCUCCUCUGGUCCGUCCGAUAUUGAUAUAGCAGAUUUAAACAAUGAUAAUCAAUUGGAUAUUGUCGUUAGUAAUUAUAGAAUAGAUAAUAUUGCAAUUCUGUUUGGUUAUGGUAAUGGAUCAUUUUAUCAUAGAGGGAAUUAUUCAACUGGUGAUUAUUCUCAGCCAAGCACAGUUGUUAUAUGUGAUUUCAAUAAUGAUAAAAUAUUGGAUAUCGCUGUUGCAAAUUCGGGUACUAGUAAUAUAUUUAUACUUUAUGGUUUUGGUCAUGGAAUUUUCGGAAACGAAAGCGUGUAUAAUCUCGGUUUUGGAUCUCAUCCUUACUCAAUUGCAACUGGUGAUUUUGAUGAAAAUGGUUGGAUGGACCUGACCGCUGCAUGCACCGGUACGAAUCAUGUAGAAACUCUAAUAAAAAUGUGUUAG